CUCCAAACGCGACUGUCGCUGGUGAUGAGAUAACCGAAUACUGAAGUCUCUGAGAUGUGACAUGCCAAUGACAGUCAGGCUCACUACGAAGCGAGCAGCAGCACGAUAUUUUUAACGCUGAGGCAGUGAGGGACGCCUGGCCCCGGGGAUACAAGGCCACCCUUUAGCAUACCACGGGACAGAUAAAAUGCACCGCGACCCCGGAAUCUGGACCACAUUCGACGAGAUCUGUCAUACCAUCCGGGACUUCUUCGAGGAGCAAACGACAAUGUCCUCCGAAAAGGGCCCUUCUCCAGCUGGUACUGGUGCUGGUGGCAGCACCGCAGCUUCUUCUACCCGCAACCGUCUCACCACCCUGUUGCGAGAUGCCAUCACCAAAGUCAUCAGCACCAGCAGCACCAUCCUCGACCGGGCUCUCCCACCGCAAAGACGGGAACAAUACAAAAACUGGCUGAUCAAGUUCGCGACCGAGCGGCCGUACCUUGCGAGUUUCCUGUUGUCGCAGAUUGCACUUAGUGGUCUGCCUCUGGUCCUCUUCUGCUGCAUGACGGUGUCGGUCUUCAUUUUCUCGAUCCUUGCAGGUGUACUGCUGGGCGUGAUUGGGGGGUUGCUGUUCGCUGUUCCGGCAAUGGGCCUGGCACUGUUGAUUCUCCUGCCGGUAUUGUUCUUCACGACCGCAGCGGCCGUUUCCAUCUGGCUUUGGGGUGUCGGAGGGUACAACGUGAUUAAGUGGCUCAGUCACAGGGGGAAUCCGGGCGUGCAGAGUGAUGUGAAAGGUCCGAUGACAAAGGUGAACGGCGGCGCAUUUCAGGGAGCGGGAGCCAACGGUGGUGGUGGUCCACCGACAGGGCAGACCCAGCAGCAACAGGGACAAGCGGGAGGAGGUCCACAACCACUGUCUGGAAUGAGCAGAGGUCCACCGCCGAAUACGCAACGCCCAGGCCCAGCUCCUCAGCCACGACCAGCCGGACUCCCGCAACAAGGCCAAGGACAGCCUCCUCAGAAUCGGCCGAGUGGUGUUGGACCACCGUCUCAGCAUCCUCCUUCACAGCAGAGUCGCCCAGGAGCGCCCUCGCAAGGUGGUCCUCCUCCACAGUCACGCCCUGGCCCGCCAUUACAGGGAGGCCAGCAGCAGCAGCAGCAGCAAGCACGCCCACCCACACCGGGCCCGCCACAGCAACAGCAUUCCACGAACGGCGAGGGUUUUCAGGGUCAAAAUAACGGCCCGAACGGUAACGGGAACGGGAACAGCCCGCCGCAACAACAACAGGCCGUCAAACGCAAGCCCGUGAGCAGACCUACAUCGCCCGCGCCGCCGGAAAUUGCACGCAAGCCAGUGAGUCGGCCGACUUCUCCUGCUCCUUCGGCGAGAGACAGAGCGGACAGUGCGGCGAGUAAUGCUGCCAGAGGGCCAGGACCUGGGUCUAACGGGUCUAAUGGGUUUGGCGCUGGUAAUGGGAAUAGUAAUCCGGGCUACGGCAAUUCCGGCUACGCACAGAGGCCGACUGGCAUGGGUGGACCGGGUGGGCAGUACUGAUGAAGGAGAAUCGAUAUACUCGUUUGGUAUGGCGUUCGGGGAGCUAUUAAUGUAGUCACAAGCACAUGGAAGAGUCACGCAUGGUGCCAUAGAAUAUAAAUUGUUCUGUCACGCAUCAUGCAUCGUUUUCAU